CUGAUGGAGACAUCUCUUGAGAAGGCCCUGACCACUAUGGUCACCACUUUCCAUAAAUAUUCGGGGAGAGAAGGCAGCAAACUGACCCCCCGCAGGAAGGAACUAAAGGAGCUGAUCAAGAAGGAGCUGUGUCUUGGAGAGAUGAAGGAGAGCAGCACUGAUGACCUGAUGAAGAGCCUGGACAAGAACAGUGACCAGGAGAUCGACUUCAAGGAGUACUCGGUGUUCCCGACCACGCUGUGCAUGGCCUACAACGACUUCUUCCUGGAGGACAGUGAAUGACCAGGGCUCAGCCCCUUCCCCCC